AUGGUCUGCCUGCCUGCUGCUUACCUCGUUCUUGCUUGUGUCGCGUCGGCACUGGCGGCUCCAGCCUCGCCCUCUGUCUCAUCGGCAGAGCCAGAAGCAACUCUUCCCUAUGCGAGCGACGACCCAAAUGCUCCUUUGUGGAACGAAGACACCACCUCUACCCCAGAAGCCAUUCGUGGAUCCUUAGGAGCAACAGUGAUUGGCCCGCAGAACGUCCCAAUCGACCAACAAAAUCCAGAUAUCUUGGCGCCUCCGAGCACGGAUGCGGGCACAAUAGGCCAAGCAAAAUGGCCCAUGGGCCUGAGUCAUAACCGUCUGCAAACUGGGGGAUGGGCUCGCCAGCAGAAUGAGGCUGUAUUGCCGAUGGCCACUGAAAUGGCGGGUGUUAAUAUGCGGCUGGAUGUCGGCGCUAUUCGCGAGCUACACUGGCAUAAAACAGACGAAUGGGCAUACAUCUUGAAAGGGUCCGUUCAAGUAUCGGCAGUAAAUCCCGAUGGCCAGAAUUACCUCGCCACUGUUAGUGCCGGUGACCUGUGGUACUUCCCAGCUGGCAUACCUCACUCCUUACAAGCCACUGCUGAUGAUCCGGAUGGCUGCGAGUUCUUACUGGUUUUUGAUGAUGGAGCGUUCAGCGAAGAUGCUACAUUCUUGCUUACUGACUGGCUGGCACACGUUCCGAAAGAAGUCAUCGCGAAGAACUUCCAGACCGAUAUAUCUGCAUUCGACCACAUCCCGGCAGAAGAGUUAUAUAUUUUCCCGAGUGCGCCCCCUCCCGAUGACGCACAGGCUCCAUCCAGUCCUUACGGAACCGUGCCACAGCCUUACACCUUCAAGAUGUCUCAGGUUAACGCAACCCAGCUCGCCGGAGGUACUGUGAAGGUGGUGGAUUCGACUACUUUCCCUGUGUCCGUGAAUACUGCCGUGGCAGAAGUUACAGUCGAACCCGGAGCCAUGAGAGAACUUCACUGGCAUCCCACCCAAGAUGAAUGGGACUACUUCAUCGGCGGCACGGCCCGUAUAACGCUCUUCGGUUCUACCGGAAAUGCCAGGACUUUCGAUUAUCAGGGUGGGGACGUCGGCUACAUACCCGCUUCCUAUGGACACUACGUCGAGAACACGGGGAACACCACUCUUCACUUCCUUGAGAUCUUCAAGACGGAUCGCUAUCAAGAUAUCAGUUUGAGUCAAUGGUUGGCUUUGACUCCGCCUGCACUUGUAAAGGCACAUUUGAACAUCUCCGACGAGCUUAUUGCGAGCCUUAGCAAGACUAAGCCCAUCGUGGUCGGCCCACGCUAG